UGGUAGGCAAGUCCAACUAAAAAGGAAAAGUAUUGCUAAUAAUAAUAAUAAAAUAUAAGACUAAGAAAAUAUUUUUAGCCUUUUUCGAAGGAAUAUCAACUUCAUUGAUUUUUUAUUCUUUUUUAUAUAAAAUGGUGCUUUUUCUCUUUAUUUUAUUUUCUCCUAUCAUUUAGUUGUGGUUGUCAUCCAUUUGUGAUAUUGAUGUGUUAAGAUUUGGUCACUUUGGGAAGCUUGUUGUGGUUGGUACAGAAUUGAUGGAUUUGUACUAGACUUGGAACUAGUUCAUUGAUAUCAAUAAUGUUAUGAGUGAUACAAAAAGAGGAAUUGUGUUGAUAUCAGAUCCUCAAGCACACUGGCUUGAUAUUAAACCUAAACCCAGAGUAAUAAUACAUUGGCGUCUGAUCCAACUAUGUUGUGAGUGAUAAAAAAGAGAGGAAUUGUGUUGGUAUCAGAUCUUCGAGCACACUGGCUUGAUAUUACAGCUAAACCCAGAGUCAUAAUACAUUUGGCGUCUGAUCCAAGUCCCAACACCUGACUGCUUACUAGAUUGUAAAACAGUUGGUACCCAAGGGGAGAAGUCGAAUUAUCGGAGAAGGGAGAAAUUGGAUACUCUAUUUUGGUUAGAAAUUAGAAUGUCCAAAGAUUGUAGGGUUCGGCGGGCCCCCCUGUUUCAAAUCCAAGUCCAUGAAGCGGGAUUGGAGGAUUUCUGGGUAUCAAAAUAAGAAUUGGUUAGAAAUUUUUCUUAUAGAAAAAAUAGUUCCAUUGAUUUAGCAAUAUUAUGAAGAAAUAUACAAAAUAGGAACAAGAACAUGUGCUUUGUACAAAUAUGUAGCCCAUCGUUCUGUAUAUUUUUCUUCAUCUGUUAGCAAUAUUAUGAAGAAAUAUACAAAAUAGGAACAAGAACAUGUGCUUUGUACAAAUAUGUAGCCCAUCAUUCUGUAUAUAUUUUUCUUCAUCUGUCCUUUUUUUUUGGAAAAUUGAAAUAUAUAGUGGUGGUAGUGGUUGCUUUGCAAUGAUGUGCACUAAUAAAUGCAUAAAUAGGUUGCAUGUUGUUCUUUUAGUAUAUGUAUUUUACUAGAAUUGGAAUAGAAAGUGGCCUAAUAUUCUAUCUUCUUUUAGGAGAUUGAAUUACUAAUAAGAAAUUUAGCUGAUGAAAGUUCACAUAUUUACUAAUAAAUUAUUUUGCAGAGUAAGAUGAUAGGGUUUACUUUUUUGGUUUGUAUUUAUUGUGGAACUCACGUGUCUCAGUUGAGUGAUACUUGAAUUUGUUUUUCUAUCGCAUUUUAAAAUCUAAGAUCAGGUGGCAUCAGUUUAAAGAAAAUUUUCAGAUUUUUGCUUGGUGAUUAUAAUGAAAAUCAGUUCUUGAAAGAUGUGAUAGUAUCCUAUCUAAGAGAAGGCAAAGAUAGAGAGUAUGUAAGAGAAUAUGAUUUUGCAGUGGAUGAAUGAUGCACUUAAGUGGUCAUGUGGCCCACUGAUUAAAAGGUCCAGGGACAUACUUUAGUUCUAUGAAUUUUUUUUUCAAUUUGGCUAAACAAAAGUGUCGUUUAAAACAUUUUAGCAUGAAAUGAAAACAGGUUUUCAAAGAAUUUAACUGAAAUAUGAAAAUAUUUUCCAUUUCAGAAACAAAUAUUAUUGCUGAGAAAUGGUUAUGUGAGAUUUCACCCAAUUUCUAUUUCUCUUUACAUUUCUGUAUUGUUUGUCGCUUGAUUUUUGAAACUAAUUCUAUUUGUGGUGUCUCAUGGCAUUUCAGUUUCUCUUUUUUUUUUUCUGUCACUUUUAUUUUCCAAGAUUACAUAUAUUGUACAUGAAUAUCUAAUAGCUUUCCUGAACUUUCCAUGUUUCAUUGCUAAUAUUUAUCACUUGAUUUGUGGAACAGUAGGGGACAUUCAAUUGAGUUACGUUGUAUUGUAGAAGUUUGUAUCUCAUAGAGGUGAUUGUGGAAAAUAACAAAUAACAAUAGCAAUUAUGUGGAGUGGUGAACGUAGAAGGAGUGCACGAAUACUUGAACUGGAAGCAAAAAAGACUCAGAAUAUGGGCAAGGCGACAUGUGAUGCAGCCAGGGAUGUUGUUACUGAAGAUUCCGACCUGACGCAGAGAAGAAAAAAGGUUAAGAGUACACCCGUCCAGGAUCUGGUUGCAAAUACAGUUGAGUAUCAACUGAAAAAAGAGGCUGAUAAUUCGAGCAACGAAGACCAUUGUACAAAUGACGUUCCCUUGUCAUCUGGUACUGUGUUACCAGAAAGAAGGAAGCUGGAACUGCUGCUUGGUAUAUUGAAAAGGAGAGACUCACACAAUCUAUUUGCAGAGGCAGUAAAUCCAGAAGAGGUUAAAGACUACUAUGAUAUCAUUAAAGAGCCAAUGGAUUUCGGUACGAUUUCAGCAAAACUCAAUGGACAAAGCUACAGAACACUUGAAGAAUUCGAGCAUGAUGUGUUUUUGGUAUGGAACAACGCAAUGCAUUUCAACUUGUCAACAACCACCUAUUAUAGACAGGCUUGUGCUAUAAGAGACCUAGCAGAGCGGUUGUUUGAUGCUUUGAAAAAUGACCCUGAGAACUUUGAAAGUAGCCAUUCCAUGACAAGACUGCGAGCCAGUAAGAGGGCUAAGACUGAAGUGAACAUUCAGAAUAGUUCUCACAGGUCAACAAAUGGGAUGGCUUCAAAGGGCUGUAGAGGUGAAAGAAGUCCUGAGCAUUCUGAAGUAGAUCAACAUGAAACCUACAGGCCUCUGAAUACACUCCCCACUGCGAAUGAGUCAAUCAAGUCUACAGUCUAUUGCAGCUCAAAACAACUUGUGCAGACUAAACAGAAUAGUAUUGGAUACCAAGAAAGCUUGAUGCAGUUUGUUGGGCCAACAGCUCAAAUGGUUGCGGAGCACAAUUCCACAAAAGGUGCUGAAGAUCUUAAUCCUCACAAUGCAACUUCCAACUCUCAGUGCCGAGCUCCAUGUCAAAUUCUUAAUGUGGCAUCAUCUCAAAUGGUUGGGCCAACAGCUCAAAUGGUUGCCAAGCACAAUUUGGGAAAAGGUGCUGAAGAUCUUAAUCCUCGUAAUGUGACUUCAAACUUUCAGCAUCGAGCUCUAGGUCAAAUGCUUAACAUGGCAUCACCUCAAAUGGUUGGACCAACAGCUCAAAUGGUUGCUGAGAAGAAUUCAGACUUGAUUUGGCAGCAGUUCAAAAACAUUACCGAUCUUCAAACUGAAGAUCUUAAUCCUGAUAAUGCAACUUCAAACUUCCAGUGUCGAGCUUUAGGCCAAAUUCCUAAUGUGGCAUCAAUUAAUUCUUACCCCACCAAUCCCUUAUCUGGGAGUUCCUCCUCAAUGAACUCCUUAUUUGGAGAUGGUAAAGGCAAGAAUGUGUUGAUAGCUGAUGUGCAUGCCUCCGAUCUACGGGGGGAAAUUGAGAAGAUUCAUGGUCCAUGGCCAAUUUGGUCUGCAGCGCGGCUUCCCCAGUUUGUUUCCGGACUAAGUCAGAGUCCAGCCCUGGGCCCAAGUUAUCUUGGAGGUGGAGCACAUCAGUUUCAACCAGUGGCUGGUAGAGGAAGCACACACUAUGGAAUCAAUGUCGAGCAGGCAAGUCAAGGUUUGAAUUUGUUUAGGCCAACAGAGUUAGGGCCACAGCAACCUUUCUUCAACAAGCUAUUUGAGCAGCAGAGUCAGAAUACGUCAACCUCUGGAACCAGCAGAAGUGCUAUAGAGUUAUCAGACAUAGAUGAAUGGUUAAGUGUUGGUAAUCGUCGAGAUGGAUCAUCAAACACCCGAGCUCCUCCAGCAAGCUCUCAGGAGCAAGCUGCCACCACGGGAACCGAUAACUUCCCAUGGACUCUUCGCCUCUGAGGCAGGCUUUAUGAGUACUUUACAUGAAUAAACAUGCUUUCCGUAGUAUCGUAUGUUUCUUUCCUCAGAACAUGAGACCUUAUUGCUAUCCUUUGCUUUUAUGAACUAAUGGUGUGAUGAAGUUGCUUUU